AUGGGUAAAACGGUCCGCUUUGCAUGCGGUGCCGCCUCGGUUGUGACGUUCGUGAUCGGUGUCCUUUUGAUAAUUGCUGGCCUGGUCGUCGUGCUAAAAGUAGUGCCAGAUCAAACGAAAAAGACCAUUAAAGAGCAAAAGCAACUUAUCAAAUAUAAAAAUGGAACGUACAACGAUUACACAAAAGAUUGGGCAAACCCGAAAUACAUUUCGAGGAUCCAGUAUUGGGUGUACGACUACAAGAACCCAAUUUCCAUCAUAAACCGCGGCCAACUACCCGAUAUGGACGAAAAGGGCCCGUAUACUUAUGUGGAAACAACUACAAAUGAUAUUGACGGUAUGCAGGACGACGAUAGGAUGCUUACCUAUACUCAGCACAUAAAAUAUGUGUUCGAUCCGACCCAAUCGUGUUUGGGGUGUGACCCGUUGGUCGAUAAAGUUCUCGUUCCGGAUGUUAGCUAUUUUGUGGCCAUGCAAACACUGACUGAAUUGCCAUUGGGGGCUCUUUGCCAACAGCUAUUCCCGACUCUUCCUUGUGAAUUAAUCGAAGAAGAAUAUGAAACGGUAAUUCUAUCAUUAAUCGAUGACGCAUUGGCUGCAUUCAAGGCCGGACCAUUCAUCGAAGUGACAAUCGAUAAAUUGCUGAUCUCUGGCUAUGAACCACCAUUUUACACCAGAUUCAUCCAAAACGUUGCCGAUUUUAUUUGUUUAUUACUGCUGACUCCUCCAAGUCAAUGCGUUGUUUCGAGUCCGCAGAAUGUCAGCUAUGGACAAACGUUGAACUACACCAGUCCGCAUUACACCAUCUUGACGGGCAAAGGUGACUACCAGCGCGUCGGAUUUAUCCAGAGUUUUACGAUGGAGAAUCAGUAUAACGAGUCUCAACCGUGGAUCACCAAUGGCACCUUGUUACCGGCUGCAUGGUGGUCAGACUGCGGUGGCGACAUCCAAGCCAGCUUGCAUGCCCGAACGAUCCGUGGAAAUACUGGCGACUUCUUCCCAUCAUUUCUAAAAACAACCGAUGUCGUGCCAAUUUAUGUUGAUUCUAUCUGCAGAUCAAUCGACAUGACCUAUCAGAAAAAAUGUACCUACGAAGGUAUCGACUGCUACCGUUUUGAACUACCAGCUACCGAGUUCAAUUGGGGACCCCGUGAAAACUGUGGCUUCUGCUUCCCGUUGCAGUACGAUUUUUACGAUAAGAACGCCGGUGACGCAUGCUACCCGGACGGAAUUAUGGACCUCAGCGGAUGCCAAGAUGGCGCUCCGAUUGCCAUUUCAAAGCCGCACUUCUACCAGGCUUCCGAUAUCGUCCGGAAUUUUGUACCAAGGCUUCGAUCAAAGGCCAGCGAGGAUGAUAAUAUUAUUAUGGAUGUGGAACCUCAAACCGGGACGAUUUUGAUGGCACACAAAAGGAUGCAAAUUAAUGUCAUGGCUAAUCAGUUCCCGAAUAUCAGUACGAUGAGCGUAUUUAUGCCUGGUGCGUACCCAAUCUAUUGGCUAAACGAAUCAUUCUAUGCCGACCAAGGAACGGUGCAUGACAUUAAGAGUGAUUUGAUCAAUCAAGUCAAGCUUUACAAAAUUAUCUGCUAUUCGGUGGUGGGACUUGGAGGUCUACUGAUGCUGCUGUCACUUUUGUCAAUGUUUGGAGUGAUUUACGCGCAACGCCAUAAAGAUGAU